AUGGCGCAGUACUUCUUCGACCUGCUCUACAACUUCACAGAUUGCAUGUGCUGUUUCCCCAGCUCACCGCAACUGAAGAUCAACAAUCGCAGCUUCAAACUCCUGCGACUAUUGGGAGAGGGCGGUUUCUCCUACGUCUACCUCGUCCAAGAUAAAGCCAGUUCCGAAUUAUUCGCCCUCAAGAAGAUCCGUUGCCCCUUCGGUCAAGAAUCCGUCUCACAAGCACUGAAGGAAGUCGAGGCUUACAGCCUGUUCACCGGGGAAGAGAACAUUAUCCACGCAAUCGACCACUGCGUCUCGACAGAGUCAGGAUCGAAGUUCCGCGCCGAUGGAGGAGACGCUGGAUCCAAAACAGUCUACAUCUUACUCCCAUAUUACCAACGAGGCAAUCUCCAAGAUGCCAUCAACGCCAACCUCGUCAACCACAACAAGUUCCCGGAAAAGCGGCUGAUGAUGCUUAUGCUUGGCGUCGCCAAUGCGCUCCAGUCCAUGCACCAGUACCGCGUCAAGAGCGGCGCGCCAUCAACACGUAAAGCAAAGGGCGUCCGACAAGAAGGUGCCAAUGCCGACGCGGAGCGUACCAUGCAAAUGAAGCCGAAACGCCGACCAAGCCAAAUGCACGGAGACGACGAAGAAGACGAGGAGAAUGCGCCAUUGAUGGACGACGAGGUCACACAGAGCCAGGAAGGUGUACAAGAUGGCGGUUUGCGGCCCUAUGCGCACCGUGACAUCAAGCCCGGUAACAUUAUGAUUGACGAUGAUGGUCAAUCGCCCAUUCUCAUGGAUCUCGGCUCCUUGUCUCCUAGCCCAAUUGCUAUCACCUCUCGUUCCUUAGCGCUAGCAGUGCAGGAUACUGCCGCGGAACACAGCACAAUGCCGUACCGAGCUCCGGAGCUCUUCGACGUGAAGACCGGAUCGAUCAUCGACACCAAGGUCGAUAUCUGGUCGCUGGGCUGCACACUGUAUGCCUGUCUCGUCGGAAAGAGCCCCUUCGAGGCCCGCAGUGAAGAAACUGGUGGUAGUCUGAGCAUGUGUGUUCUUGGUGGCGACUGGCGAUUCCCCGAUGAGAAGUCCACUGCCACCAAGGGCAAGGGCAAAGCCGGUAAUGCCGACGGAGAAGAUACAUCCAGCGCCGGUAGUGCGGCGAUCAGUGCCCUGUCAAAGAACUUGUCCGCAAAUGUCUCCAGGUUGAGCCCGCGGAGCGUCCGGAUAUCGGGGAAUUGA